AUGGGAUUAGCCAGUGCUCCACGUAUUUUUACUAAAAUCAUGAAGCCUGUUUUUGCUGAACUUAGGAAAUUUGGUCACUUGAAUGUAAUUUACAUAGAUGAUGUUUUGUUAUUGGGCAACACAAAAGAUGAGUGUGAAGUUAAUUUAAGAGACACUGUUAAGUCUUUAGAUAGUCUAGGAUUUACUAUUCACCCUGAUAAAACUCAGUUUUAUGCAAGCCAGAAUGUUGUCUUUCUGGGAUUUUUAUUAGAUUCGGUUACAAUGACGGUUAGACUUACACCAGAGAAAGCUCAAUCUAUUAAAGAAUUUUGUGAUAUGGUUUUGAAUCAAAAUGAAGUGACAAUUAAACAGGUUGCACAGCUUGUAGGCAUGUUUGUAGCCUCUGAACCAGGGGUGGAAUAUGCCAGACUUUAUUAUAAGACCUUAGAAAUUGAAAAAGAUUUGGCUUUAAAACUUAAUCGAGGCAAUUUUGAAGCCCAUAUGACAAUUUCUCAUCAGAGUAGGAUACUGCUAAACUGGUGGUCUCUUAAUGUGUGUAAAUCCUUUAAACCAUUAACUAGAAAACCCCCAAAAUUCAUUUUCAAAAGUGAUAGUUCAAAGUUUGGAUGGGGUGGAGUGAAUGAAGAUUCAGGUGAAGCAAUUAGUGGAUUAUGGGACAAUAAUAUUUGUGAGGCACACAUUAACUAUUUAGAGCUUUUAGCUCGAUUUUACACUCUAAAAGGAUUGGGAGAAAAUAUUUCAGAUUCCCAUAUUAGACUGUGUAUGGACAAUUCAGUAGCCGUGUCAUAUGUUAAUAAGCAAGGGGGCAAGAUUUCAACAUUGAAUGAACUAGCUCGUGAAUUAUGGACUUGGUGCAUAGAUAGGAACAUCUGGCUUAGUGCUGAACAUGUCCAGGGUGCAACAAACAUUAUAGCCGAUUCGUUAUCUCGCAAAAAUGUAGAUAUGGAAUGGAAGUUAGAUGAAAUGGUUUUUGAUAAGCUGACAAAUUUGUGUGGAAAAUGUGAAAUAGAUUUAUUCGCAUCAAAGGACAACCAUCAGUUAAAUAAAUAUUAUUCAUAUACACCAGACCCAAAUGCAUUAGGAGUUGAUGCCUUUGCACAUUCUUGGAGAAAUAUUGACUGUUAUUUAUUUCCUCCUUUUAGUGUCAUAAGCAGUGUCUUGAAGAAGAUCGAGGAGGAGGAAGUGCAGUUUGCUCUGUUGAUAGCUCCAGUGUGGAAGACGCAGCCAUGGUUUCCGCAGCUGAUGCAUCAAGUUGCAGGUCCGUGUUUUCUUCUUCCGAAAACAGAGACUCUCUUGAAAUUGCCAAAAGAUCCAAAACGACGACAUCCCUUGACAAAGAUGAAGAUAGCUGCAUUCAGCUUGUCCGGCAAUGCUUGUUCAGUAGAGAAUUAUCAGGAGAAACUGUCAAUAUUAUCUGCAGAUCAUGGCGGGAAUCCACAAAAAGACAAUAUAGGGGUUAUCAGCAAAAGUGGUUGCAGUUUUGUUGUGAAAAACAGAGUGAUCCAUUUAAAACAGAUGUUAAUUUAG